AUGAUGCCACGCAUGGGUCCUCCGACAACGGCACGACAAGAAAAUCCACUGUAUCUUUCAUUUCGCAAUCCGCAAUGGCCAGCUAACCAAAUCUACAAGGAAAAUGCGUUAGAAUAUUUCUGCAACCAGGCCAACACUUUCUAUGAAAUGAACUCGUGUAAUCAACAGAUCAUAAUGCAGGGUAUUAAGAAUAGAACAGUAGAGGAAUGUCUUCGAAACAUGCAAGGAAUUCAAUAUGUCCUUUGGUAUUCGCAGCCUCCGCUCUUCAUUAUCUGCAAACAAAGAAGAAAUAGUCCGACAAACGUCAGUCCGAUUUCUUACUACUACAUUAUCAGUGGCAACGUUCAUCAGGCACCUGAUAUGUACAGUCUUAUUCAAUCCCGCUUGCUCGGUGCUCUCGAACCGCUUCGGAAUGCUUUCGGAGAAGUAACCAAUUAUUCACGAUACAACACAGCUAAAGGAUAUUAUUGGGAAUUCAAGAACAAACCGAACGUGAAAAAAAGAGACGAAGAUAAGAAGGACGACGAGGAAGAGAAAUUAGAAGAACGAAGCACAAAUUUCCAAAAGACACGAACGAUGAUGCUAGUUAAUCAAUUGUUCAGUGAAAUGCCAGCCGAUGAAGCUCUCGAAAAAGAAGAGGUGGAAGAAGAAGAUAAGAAACCAGAAGAAGUUGCCCAACCAGCUGCUGAAGAGCCGAAGUUUGCCGAACCGGCCGCAAGGGCACAAACCAAAUAA